AUGGCAUGCAUGCAUGCAUGAUGAUGCUUUGGCAAAAACUCGCGGCGAGCCCGCCAAGGUUUUAUUACUUGUUUCACUUGGGUGUGCGAACUUUUGAUCUACAUCAUAUUCCUUUCGCGGCCUGGACUCCCAUGAUGAUGAUGAUAAUGAACGAUAAUGAAUGCUCGUAGCUUGCAGACGUUUUGGGAUGCAGUUUUCGUCGUGAUGACAGUGCGGCAGAAGUGUGAACCACAGCUUAUUUGCUUUCCACUCUGGAGAUUGGAGAGGAAAGGGGAGGAUGAAUUUGAGAAAAGGGAUUUUCCUGGAUCACGGUUGAAUCGGCCCGGAUCGAGCGCAAUUCGCGACGACGACAUCACUUCGAAAUGGGAGUUUGUCCUCCGGCACUGCACCAGUCGUAGCUAUCCGGAAAUGUGCAUAGGACCAAACCCCUUGCGUGUGUGUUCUGAAGAAUCAUCAUCACCAUCACCACCACCACACACGCAAAUCUCUGCAGCCCGAUCAUCCCUGUCGGCGAGAUUUUCCUUCCUUUCAAAAUCUGGCGAUAGAAGUGGAGGAGAAACAUCCCUGGCGAGAGAGGGCGGUAAUAGCAGUGGCCAAGGCCGAGAGGGAGGGGAAGGGGAAGGAAAGGGCAGGGGAUGGGUUUCGUGGGAGAUCUCCACAGUUCACAUCGCCACCGGAGCUGCGUCCGACGACUUGGGAGAGGCGCCCCGAUCUCCCCCCCUCCCUUUCUCUCUCUCUCUUUCUCUCCCCCUCCCCCCAUAUCGAGACAGCAGUUCACCUACAAGAGCGAGAAAAAACCGGGGGCCGGUGUCGCUGCUUUCUUUUUCUCCACUGGGGUUUUCCAGAGGGGGAGAAUCGGAGGAGGAGAGGGCUGACUGAUGAUGAUGAUGAGCCGAGUGAGUGACGGAUGGACUCGCUUAUUGCUUUUUGCUUUUUGCUUUUACUUUGUGCUUUUGCAUGGCCGUUCACAUCCUCGAGGGAAAGAGAGAGAGAGAAUAGGAACCCUUUUUUGAUUCACGUACACCAUCGAGUCGAGUCACGGGAGCAAAUAUACGUGUAUGAUAAAUCGUGGGGAGAGUGAAUUCCGCAUGUCCCGCGGAGAAAAGGCCGAGAAAGAAAGAAGGCGAGGCCUCAAGGGGAAGUUUCUUUUGAAAUCAAUUUCUUCGAAAUUUUAGAUGGAAAGAACAAUACUACAUGGUCUAUUUCCGGAAGGCGACGUGCACGCCCUGCGCCGGCGCGAGGAC